CAGUGGUUUUUACAUUAAGUCCUAAUUGUGAAUCAAAGAGCUAUCAAUGGAAUAUUAGGAUUUGACUUGCUCCAUUCUCUUACAUUUUUUGUGUUCACACUAAAUUAAAGAAAUGAGAGAUGCAGAAUUCUAAGGCUAAAUAGCCAGAAAAUAUUAAUUUAAACUUGAAUAUUCUUCAAAGAGAGCGUGGGGGCAAUUCUGACUAGAAGAAGAAAGAUCAUAAGGGAUACAAAAGACAAAUGUUUUCCACAAGAAUUCUCCCUUUGGCGGUAUUGAUUUCAACUGUAUUGGCUGGGCCAUGGGCUAACAUAUGUGCUGGCAAGUUUUCCAAUGAAAUCCGGACCUGUGAUAGCUAUGGCUGUGGACAGUACACUGCUCAAAGAAAUCAUAGGCCUCACCAGGGUGUGGAUGUCUUGUGCUCUGAUGGAUCUACUGUGUAUGCACCUUUCACCGGAAUAAUUGUGAGCCAGGAGAAACCUUAUAAAAAUAAAAAUGCUAUCAAUAACGGUGUUCGGAUAUCUGGAAGAAGAUUCUGUAUCAAAAUGUUCUAUAUUAAGCCAAAUAAGUAUACAGGUUCUAUCAAAAAGGGAGAAAAACUGGGAACUCUGUUGCCCUUGCAGAAAGUUUAUCCUGGCAUACAAUCUCAUGUACAUAUUGAAAAUUGUGACAUGAGUGAUCCUACUGCGUACCUGUAAAUGGAAGAUAAAUGACCAGAUCUUCUAAAUAGAAAGUCAUCUUCUUGAAAACCUGGAUGCAUAUCCUGCUUUUCAAAAAAAUUGUAUUCAAAUAAAAAUGAUGCAUGCAAGAAAGAAAA